CCAUUUAGUUCUCUAGCGUUUGUUCAGCCCAUUUGGACAACUCAAACUACUCUAUUCAUGGUCGAGGAGAAUAUUUUGAUAAAUUUUGAAGGAAAAAAAUGAGGAAAGAAGUGAAAAAGAUUUCAGGGGAAUAAACAGCUCUAAAAGGCUGCCUGUUUCAACCUCCAACCCUACGCAUAAACCCUACAAAAUCAAUAAUCCAUUCAUCCCUCUAGGGUUUUCUGUUUUUUCAUAAACGAGGAUGCAAUUGACAAUCGAGUUCGGGGGAGGACUGGAACUUCUUUGUGAUUCUGUGAAGAUCCACAACAUUAAUGUUGACCCUCAGGAUGGAGAGAAGCAGUUGACGUUGAAAAACUUGCUCUCUUGGGUACGCACCAAUGUGAUCAAGGAGAGGCCUGAAAUGUUUAUGAAAGGAGACUCCGUGAGGCCUGGGGUUCUUGUCCUUGUCAAUGAUGCUGAUUGGGAACUAAGCGGACAGCUUGACACAGUGCUGGAAGAGAAGGAUAAUGUAGUUUUCAUCUCAACACUGCAUGGCGGUUGACAUUGCUAUUAUGCUUCCCGAGCUGCUGAAAACUCGACUCUAGUAGAACUUUGUUCAUUAAUUAUGUCAUGUACUAGUCAAGAAUGAAGUGUGUUGAAUGUAUGAUGCCAAUAUAAGUGCACUUUGAUUACUAAUCCUCUGUCCUGGCAGAAGGAAAAUGAUAUAAAUGCUUUACGUUCGAUUCA